UGGCGCCGGCCGGGGGCGGGGGGGUGGGGGGGCCCGCCCGGGGAGGAGCAGCGACGGGCCGAGGCGGCGUGCCGCCACAUCCAGACAGUGUUUGCUGGAAAGAACAAGCCGCAGAAAGAUCCCCUGAGUUCCUUCCGCUGGCAGGGCUUCAAGCUGGAAGAAUAUCUCAUUGGCCAACCCAUCGGGAAGGGCUGCAGCGCUGCUGUGUACGAAGCAGCUAUUCCUUUCUCUCGCGAUCGUCAGGGUCAUGUGGAGAGCAGCCGUUUUGCAGGGCAGGGGCCAGCCGUGCAGCGGGAUUGUGGCUUGCCUUCACAGGUGGCUGAAGAGGAGCCUGUAGAGAAACACCAACGGAAAGAGGCUUUUCCGUUAGCUAUCAAAAUGAUGUGGAACAUUUCGGCUGGUUCAUCAAGUGAAGCCAUCCUCGAUGCUAUGGGCCGAGAGCUUGUUCCAGCCACGGGGCUUGCCUUAGCCGGAGAAUAUGGAGCUGUCUCUGGCCGCAGAAAACCUGUCCUUGGGAGGAAGAAGUUGCAGCCUCAUCCGAAUAUAAUCCAGGUGAUCCGAGCGUUCACGUCCUCUGUCCCUUUGCUGCCUGGAGCCUUCACAGACUAUCCUGAUGUUCUUCCGUUAAGCCUGAAUCCCAGAGGGAUCGGUCACAGCCGCACACUCUUCUUGGUGAUGAAGAAUUAUCCGUGCACGCUGCGCCAGUAUCUGAGGGAGAGCAGUCCGGAUGUUUGUCUCUCCACGAUGAUGAUUUUACAGCUCUUGGAAGGCGUGGACCAUCUUGUUCGACAUGGAAUAGCGCACAGAGACCUGAAGUCUGACAACAUACUGGUUGAAUUUGAUUCUGCUGGCUGCCCCUGGUUGGUGAUCACGGACUUCGGUUGCUGUUUGGCAGAUGAAAACAUCGGCUUGAGGCUGCCUUUGACCAGCUCUUACGUGGAUCGGGGCGGCAACGGCUGUCUUAUGGCACCCGAGGUGAUCACAGCGUCGCCUGGUCCAGGCACGGUGAUCAAUUACAGCAAGGCUGAUGCUUGGGCUGUUGGAACGAUCGCCUAUGAAAUCCUUGGCUUGGCCAAUCCUUUCUAUGGCCACGGGGAGUCGACUUUGGAAAGCAGAAGUUACCGGGAAGACCAGCUGCCAAGCCUGCCUGAUCACGUGCCCCUUGAGGUGAAGCAGGUGAUAAAGAUGCUACUUCAGAGGGAUCCCGACAAGAGAUUGUCUGCUAGAGUUGCUGCUAACGUGCUUCACCUAAGCCUCUGGGGUGAAAGCGUUCUGGCGUCCAAGACCCUGAAACCCGACCAGAUGAUCGCCUGGCUUCUCUGCCAGUCUGCGGCUGCUUUGCUCACGGACAGACUGGUGGAUAAAAGCCGCGUAGAAACCAAAAUGAAGAUGUGCUUUUUGGCCAACCUUGAGUAUGAAGACCUCUGGGCAGCAAUAUUCCUGUUGCUGGCCUGGAGGAGCCGGUCUGGGUGAAAAGCACCAUCAUCUGGGACACAACCGUGUGAUAGAUAAACGGCACUUUCUAAAGGCACAUAGGAAUCUGUCUUUUCUUUCUGCCUGCAGUCCUGUAGUGCUUAGGGAACAAACCUGCAGGCCUCUGUUUAAGAUGUUGAGUUUAUCUCUAGCAAGCGUUAGUACACACUGCUUUUGUCUCUCUGCUAGAGGAAAUGCCCUUGCUUCGUUACUCUCUUGGUGUGAGGGUGCGUGGACCUUGCAGGUGUCCUGAGGUACGUGCUUGGUUUUGCUCACAUUUGGGAAUGCUUAAUCGACUUCUAAGUCGUGUGUUGAAUGAAGCAAGUUCCCUUUCAGAAGAGGGGGUGUGUGGGAGGAGGCACUGUCUAGCUGCUCUUUACACGGAAGUGUCAUGAAUUCAAAGAACACACUGAGAAAGCUGAGCUGACGAAGGGACGGGUGAUCUUUCUUUUCUUAGGGGAAAAAAACCAGAAGUGGUCUUAAGAUGAUAUCCCUCUGCAGCCACAGACAGAUCUUGCUAUAAAACGACAGCCUAAAAGCCUCCUAGUGAGGUGCUGCCUGGUAACGUGAGCGUCAGGAGCUGCUCGCUUCUUACGAUAAUGCACCAUUAAACGCCUCUCUAGUUGUACGCAAAAUAGCAGGAGUGCAGUCAGCUCGAAACCUGCU